AUGUUCGACGCGCGCGAGGACGCGCUCGCGGGGGCGAGGCAACACGCGAAUUGGUCGCCAUACGAUAAUAACGGUGGGACCGUGCUCGCGGUCGCGGGAGAGAGCUACGUGAUAUGCGCCGGUGACACGCGUAUGUCGAGCGGGUAUAACAUUCUGACGAGGAAGUUUGAGAAGAUCGAUAAAAUGUCGGGCAAGACGUUGAUGGCGAGCGCGGGGUUCGCCGCGGACGCGGUGACGCUGAAGAAGACGCUCAAGGCGCGGUGUAAGCAGUAUGAGUUUCAGAAUAAGAGAGAGAUCGGGUGCGUGGCGUUCGCGCAGAUGCUGAGCAAUACGCUGUAUUAUCGUCGGUUCUUUCCGUAUUACGCGUUCAACAUCGUCGCCGGUUUAGACGCGGAGGGGAAGGGUGCGGUGUUCACGUACGAUGCCGUGGGGUCGUACGAGCGCACGAAUUACUCGUGCCAGGGAUCGGGACAGGCGCUCAUCAUGCCGGUUUUGGAUAAUCAGCUGAAGACGGUGUCGCCGCUCGUGUUGCCCGCGGCGUCGAGCGCGACGCCGCUGAGCGAGCAAGAGGCCAUCGACCUCAUCAAGGAUUGCUUCGCCACGGCGGCCGAGCGGGACAUUUACACCGGUGAUAGUGUGGAGCUUUGGAUCAUGAAUGCCGAAGGCGUGCGCAAGGAGGAGAUGGCCUUGCGAGCAGACUAA